AUUUUGUUUUGCGUUUCUGAAUUUGUGGCCAUUAUCUUCUCACACUCUCUUCUCUUAGCUCACAGAGGAAAGAAAAAUGGCGAAUUCCAUUUCAUCAAUAUCUCUGCCUCGAUGUUUCAUCUUCAACAAUGGUAGUCACAAAUCAAGGCCAUGGCCAAGCUCAAGCAGUUUCUUUCUCAACAAAUCAUCAAAGCAUCAUCCUCAUCCACUACUCUCUCUUUCUUCUUCGCCGUCUUCCGUCGUAGAAACUGAUAAUGACGACGACAACGACCUCACUUUCAGUGGUUGCAGAGCGUGUGGGAAAGAAGAGAAAGAGAGUGGGUGUAAUGGUGACGGACGGAUUCAAGGUGGCAUUGCAACUGUCCCCGGUUUCGGUUGGUGGCCAAUUAAGGCUUACAGGCCUUGUCCCGCGUUUGUUGAGGCCGGAGGUAGAUACCGCCGCAUAGGGCAGAGCAUGGACGAGGUUGCAUUUGGUCGUGGUGACUCUAAAUCCUCCACUUCUGUAGACACCAGUGAUUCACUACUACGCCAGACAAAGCCAACAAGUUCUAGCAAAAGUUCAAACAAGUGAUAUAUAGCCCAGUUUUUCAAGUCCAAGAAGAACUUUUUUUGGAAAUGUGUAAUGAUGAUUGGGCCUAAACAUAUUAUCGGCCCAUUUAUAAUUUUACGGCUCAAUAGUUAAGAAACCCUAAAGAAGGUUUUAUC